UGCAGCCACCACAAGCUUUUAUUCUGAAGGGCUUCCAGAGCUGCUGUCUGUGAUCCCAGCAGCUUGACUGAGCGUUUUGGGCUCUAUCCCCUGGUGUCAGCAUCACCGGUGCUCUGCUGCUGCUGCUGCUGCUGCUGCUGCUCACCGGGACUUUUGAACAGAAGCAGCUGAAGCUCGACUCAUCAGGGAGCUCAGAUUCCACCACAGUGACGGGAAACCUCAGCAACAGGUGAACCAUGAUCAGACUGACUCUGCUGACGUCUCUAAGUCUAAGCCUCGUCUCAGCAACAUUCGACUACAUUUAUGAGGCACACUCCAUCAUGGAUCCAGAAGAUGUCCUCAGUGUGGACAUCCCCCUGGAGGAGCCGCAGCACCCCUCGCUGGGAUCUUCACUGGUCCUCCCGUGCUUCUUUCAGGACCACACUGUUCCCGACCCUGGAGCCCCUGUCAUCCCACCCCUUUCCCAUCGCAUCAAGUGGAGCUUUGUCACCAAGGAGAAGGUCUCUACCAUCCUGGUGGCUCUGGGGGGGCAGGUGCGCAUUGGCAAAGGUUACCUGGACAGAGUUCAGCUGCUGAACUACCCCCAAACUCCAGAUGAUGCCAGCAUCCGGAUAACUGAGCUGCGCUCCAGUGACACGGGCGUGUACAGCUGUGAGGUCCAGCUCGGCAUCGAAGACAACCACGACAUUGUUCACGUCUACGUCACAGGUGUUGUCUUUCAUUACCGUUCUUUCGUUGGUCGCUAUGCACUAACCUUUGAAGAAGCAAAGGUCACCUGCUCCCAAAACGGUGCAGCCAUAGCCUCACCUGAGCAGCUCCAGGCGGCCUAUGAUGACGGUUUCCACCAGUGUGAUGCCGGCUGGCUCUCUGACCAAACAGUCAGAUAUCCAAUCCACAAUGUUCGGGUAAACUGUUUUGGGGACAAAGAAGACCUGCCAGGUGUGAGAAACUAUGGAGUGAGAAACGCCGGGGAGAUGUUUGAUGUGUACUGCUUUGCUGAAAUGAUGACGGGCAAAGUUUUCUUCACCACCUCUCCAGAAAAGUUCACCCUCUCUGAGGCUGCACUGGCCUGCUCCAAUCACAGGGCCCAGUUAGCCACCACAGGUCAGCUGUACGUAGCCUGGCAGGGGGGGAUGGACGUCUGUAACACUGGCUGGCUUGCAGACCGGAGUGUCCGCUAUCCCAUCAAUGUUCGCCGGCCGCAGUGUGGAGGUGGUCUUCUGGGGGUGCGAACAGUUUAUCUUCAUGCCAAUCAGACAGGUUUUCCACUGCCUGAGUCCCGACACGGGGCCUUCUGCUAUACAGACUCUCCUGAUGACAAUAACUUGAGCUCAGGUUUGGGGUCAGGUUCAGGGGAAGGGAGUGGCUCUCUGGGUAUUACCAUGGUGACCAAGGACCCAAAGCUGUUGUUCAGCAGGGUGACCUCUGAGAGUGUGGUCGUUGGAGAGAUGGAAACUCAGGCCUCCACUGGUCUAAAUGUGACCAAUCCAGAGCAUCCCACAGAGUUUGUGUCCCAGACCAUGAUCAUUACUCAUCCUCUGGAGUCCAACAUCCGACCUGGUGUGGCCAGGGAGCCAGCUACAGGCAUCACGAUGCCCCCGGCUGGUGUGGUUUUUCAUUACCGCUCACAUACUGGACGCUACGCCUUCAACUUCUCCGAGGCACAGCUGGCCUGUCAGAGUGUUGGAGGCUCCAUUGCCUCACCACAGCAGCUGCAGGCAGCGUAUGAGUCUGGAUACCACCAGUGUGAUGCUGGCUGGCUCCUGGACCAAACUGUGAGGUACUCCAUCAUAGUACCUCGAGACGAGUGUGCUGGAGAUCUUGGAGAUCAGCCUGGAGUUCGGUCAUAUGGACUCAGACCAGCAUAUGAGAGAUAUGAUGUCUACUGCUACACGGAAGACGUCAGAGGCGAAGUAUUCCAUGUGGAAUCUGCUGAAGGCCUUACCUAUGAUCAGGCUGUUCUCAGCUGCCAGGAGCAUGGUGGCAUCCUAGCCUCCACAGGAGAGCUCUAUGCAGCCUGGAAAAAAGGCUUUGACAAAUGUCGAGCCGGCUGGCUGCAGGAUGGCAGCGUUCGCUACCCUAUCAACAUCCCCCGAGCUCGGUGCGGUGGGGGGAAACCAGGAGUUCACACUGUGUAUGCUCACCCAAACCAGACCGGUUUUCCUCCCCGUGAAGACAGAUUUGAUGCAUACUGCUUACGAAUGAACAUUCUGCUGACAGCAAAUGAAACAGGACAGAACAAAACAGUUGAUGAGGAAAUGAGCCAAACAUCACUUACUGAUUCAUUCAGGCUUUCUCUCUCCCCUAUUGUUCCCUCUGUCCUUGUGGAGAUGUCUGGCUCUGGUUCAGGCUCGGAAAGCAUUGGCCCAGAGUUUGCAGGAGGAUGUAUUUUUAUGAAUAAUUGUGGGGAGCUCUCUGGUUCUGGUUUUGGAGAUCAAAUAACCUCUGAAGACAACAGCAAUUCUAUAGAACCCUCUAGCAGUAUGGUCAAAAACAGUUCAGGGUCAGGUCUCAGAAGAUUUACCAAUAUGAGUGGUUCAGGAUCAGAUCUCAGUGGAUCCAACAGUACAGGUGGUUCAGGAUCAGGUCUCAGUGAAUCCAAAAGUACAAAUGAUUUAGGGUCAGGUCUCAGUGGAUCAAACAACACAGAAAUCUCAGGGUCAGGUUUCAGUACAUUCAGGAACAUUGAUGGUUCAGGACCAGGUCUUAGUGGACCCAGUGGAAUACUCAAUUCAGGGUCAGGGUUCAGCAGAAUUAUUGCUAUAAAAUUGGGCCUUAGUGAUUCUAGCAGCUUUGACGAUCCAGUGUCAGGUCUCAGUGGAUCCAGCAGUACGGGUGGUUCAGGGUCAGGUCUCAGUGGAUCUAACAGUACGGAUGGUUCAGGGUCAGGUCUCAGUGGAUCUAACAGUACGGAUGGUUCAGGGUCAGGUCUCAGUGGAUCUAACAGUACGGGUGGUUCGGGGUCAGGUCUCAGUGGAUCUAACAGUACGGAUGGUUCAGGGUCAGGUCUCAGUGGAUCUAACAGUACGGAUGGUUCAGGGUCAGGUCUCAGAGAAUCAAACAAUACAGAUGCUUCAGGGUUAGACUUCAGCGCAUCCAGCAGUACGGAUGGUUCAGGGUCAGGUCUCAGUGGGGGAGGAUAUGACAUUGUCCCUGUUGUCUUGUCAAAACUGGAGAGCUUUGCCUUGGGAAGCGUCUCAACUUUAUCACGUGAAGAUAAGGAAGGAAAAACAGCAAUCCUCACCUUCUCUUCAACCGCUGAAGGCUCUGGGGAGCUCAGUGGCAAUAGGAAUCUUUCCUUGUCCAGCUCUGGAUUUGUUUUUGCUUCAGCAGACAGAGGAUUUUCUGUAGAAAGUUCUGGAGGGAGUGAAGCAAUAUCUGCCACAACAUCAGGCUUCCUUUUGGACCAGGACUUGUCUGGGUCCAAACCUUCAGGAUCCUUCUCUGGAAGUGGAAGUGGAAGUGGGCAGAUAAGUGAGUUUGAAGGUAGUGGAAACACUCAGAUAUUUCUAACAGAUGAUAAACUGAUGGAUGCAUCUGUAUACCAGAAACACCAUAAGCUUGGAGGUGGUCAACUAGUGCUCAGUGGUUCUGGAGAUUUUUCAGGAUCAGGAAUUUUAGGAGGGCCAUUUAGUGAUUCUAAUUCUGGGAGUGUCUCUGCAUUUUCCUCAGAUGUGACCUUCAUUGGUUCAGGCGUUAAAGAGGUCAGUGUGUCUCCUGUUGUGGAGCAUGAACAAGCCUCUGGGAUUUUGUUGCUCAGCUCUGCACAGGCAGGUGAUAUUCCGCUAUCUGCAUUUGGGAGCUCAGGUUUUAUUUCUGGAUUCUCUGGAUCAAAGAUUCAAUCAAAUAGAAGUAAAGUAAAAAAUAUUUUUAGAGAAGAUCCUAAUAGACAAAGAAAGUCUCUUGAAGUGGGACGGGGGUCAGAGGACCACAGUGGAGAUGAAAGUCUGAGUGGAUAUGGAGAUUCUACCGCAGCCUUCUUUUCAGGAGACACAACAGGGCACAAGCUUGUAGAAACAACCACAGAACCAGAGAAGGUGACAGAGGUACCCGUGGAAGGGUCUGUACAUGCACCUCCAGGACUGGAACCUCGUCUUGUCACUGCUGAGCCUGCUUUUGCGGAGACCUCAGGGAUCACAGAAGACUUAGAUGUGUGCUACCCCAACCCCUGUGCCAACGGAGCCACGUGCGUGGAGAGCGCAGACUCUUUCCGAUGCUUAUGCCUGCCCAGCUAUGGAGGGGAGCGGUGCGAUGUGGAUGAGCAGCGGUGUGAUGACGGCUGGACCAAGUUUCAGGGGAACUGCUACCUGCAUGUCUCUAAGCGAGAGACCUGGCUGGGGGCGGAGCAACACUGCAGAAGCCUGAACGCUCAUCUCGUCAGCAUCAUCACACCUGAGGAGCAGCAGUUUGUCAACGCCAAUGCACGAGCCUACCAGUGGAUCGGCCUAAACGACAGAACUGUGGAGAACGACUUCCACUGGACCGACUGCACUCCAGUGCAAUACCAGAACUGGAGGCCGAACCAGCCGGACCACUAUGCCUCUGGAGAAGACUGUGUGGUGAUGAUUUGGCUCAAGAACGGCCAGUGGAAUGACGUGCCCUGCAACUACUACCUGCCUUUCACUUGCAAAAAAGGCCCAGUCUCAUGCGGAGAGCCCCCACAUGUGGAAAACGCUCGGAUGUUCGGGACGAAGAAACUGGAAUAUCCUGUCAGGUCCAUCGUCCGUUAUCAAUGUAACCCCGGGUUCAGGCAGCGGCACUCACCAGUAGUUCACUGUCAGGCAGACGGGCUCUGGGAGACACCGCGGGUGGAGUGCAUCGAUGUCAAGGUCUGGAGAAGACCAGAGGCUGGGAGCCACAGGAGUCUUCAGUCAGCAGUGCAGAGAAACCCGGGAGCUGCUAGGUCUUCAUAAAGAACACCUACUGACCCCCAAAACUCUGUUUUUAUCCCAAAGAUAUGAUCCAAGGAAUGCUCAUGCUGAAAGGUCUGCAUCACUUGUGGACAAGGACCUAGCCCCCCCUCCUUUACAUGAUUAUGUGAUAUAGCUGUGUCGGUCCUGCAUGUUGAGCGUGCAGGUGUUUUAUCCGUCCUUCUGACUGCUGGACAUCUGUAGAGGAAGAACUCUUCUUGAUUUGAACACUGAAGCUUUUGAAGAAUCGUCCAGAAAUGAGGGGGUUACUGAAAGCUUUUGUGCUGUAAAAGAGUGUGUCAGAACAGUGUGCACACCUCCCUCAAAACACAUCUUGAGGCUCCCAAAGCCACCAAUCAGAGGACUCCUAAUGACCACUCAGAUGCCCCCCAGAGUAAUUGAGCCUGAGAUCGGCCUGGAUGACUGCUGUGCAUCAGACACCAGCUAAUGACAGGUGGAUGUCAGAAUUUCACUGGCAGAGUUAUAGAACUGUAGCUUCGAUUUCAGUUAUCUCAGUCUGAUGAUGGUGGUGGGUAGGGCUGCCACGAUUAGUCGACUAAUCAACUAUUGAAAUAGUAGAUGACUAAUUUAAUAGCCUUCUUCUUCUUUCGGCUUAUCCCAUUUCGGGGUCGCCACGGCGAAACA